GUGGGGAAAGUUUGGACCGCUCCCUUCUAAACUGCAGCUCAGUUAAGAGGGAAACAAUGUCUAAGUUUGGACUCCUUUGUUUGGCAGCUUGGUGCAUCAUUGUUGUGGGGUUUGCUGAAAGUAAAAAUCCAUGUCAGCCACCACCAUUAACUAGUGGAAUUCUUUUUGUGACUGCUGCUAAAGGAUUGCAGGCAGGAGGAGGCCAAUUCAACUAUGAUUCUCCAGGGAAACGAGUUCGAUUCACAGACAGCGAGAAAAUUGUGAAGAAGGCAAAAUACCUAGAUGUCCUGUUUCUAUUUGAAGAGGGCAUUUUCUAUGAGAUCGACAACAAAACCAGCACUUGCAAGAAAAGGCCUUUACUAUCAACGCUUCAUCCUAUGGAGAUCCAACCAAACAUGACAGACCUCGGAGACAUGUAUAUGGGCAGCAGAAUAGACAGUGGCCAAGGGCUCAGUAUGAAAAACUGGGUGGAGAUGGUACCGCAACUUAAUGGUGCCUUUUCAGUCGCCGUUAGCAAAGUUGGCUGCCUCACUCUUAGCUCAGUGCUGUUCACUCAAUCAAAGGACCUGCUGAUAUUCAGUUUUCUUGAGGUUGUUAAAGAAGUGAAGGACCCACAGGCGUUUGUGCCUCCAACAUUCUGUGAUGAUGUGCCUUUGGAACCUAAAGGAAAUACCUUUUUCGGGUUCUUCUUAAACCAAGCAUAAAGACAUAAUUCCUGUUUGGUUCACAGUAUGUUUGCAGUCAGCUCAAACAAUCUAACCCAUAGCUUUAAGGGAAAUGUUUCAUAUUAGUUCUUCAUGCAAAUAAAUAAAUUAUGCAUUUUACAACACAUUGUUCAUAUACAUACAUACACAGAUAUAUAUACAUAUAUCUUGCAUUACAAUCUAGUAGAGUUAAGUUUUAAUGUACCACAUUGUUCAUAGAAUAAUCAAUGAUCCUUCUCACCCAAGCCACCACUUUUUCCAGCUUCCAGCCUUUUAGCCUACUUUAUUUCUGAGAAUAAAAUUCUACAACAGAAGCCUAAUAAAGGCCUGCCUCGAAUAUGACCCGGCCCCAAAUAAAGACCUAUGGGCCUAAGUAAAUAAAAGACCCCGGUCACAAUUUCAGGAUUUACGGUAGGCCUAUCUAUCUAUCUAUCUAUCUAUCUAUCUAUCUAUCUAUCUAUAUCACCACGUUCACCUGACUCAAGAGCGAACAUAAUAUGUAAAGUCUUGUAGUCGACUAAUAGACUCCUGCAACAAAACUA